CUGCCUUGCUGAGGGAGUGGACGGCGCUGACGGCUGGGAGGACGAAAGGAGAGCCAAGAAAGCUUUCGGGAAGCUGUAAAAAAGCAGGGAACGGCCCGGGUUUCCACCGUCCUUCGGGAAAUUAGCACCACAGUUUUCUGUAGCUGCUGAAUUUGUCACCGAACAGGCACCAGAAAAAAAAAAUGUCGACCAGUCGUCAGCUUAGCGAGAGCAGGGCCAUCCCGACCAGGACGGUGUUGAUCAACGACACAACGCAGCUACCUCAUGACUACUGUACCACCCCUGGAGGCACUUUAUUUUCCACCACUCCUGGAGGAACCCGGAUCAUUUACGACCGCAAGUUUCUGCUGGACAGGCGUAAUUCCCCCAUCGCUCAGACCCCUCCUGCACACCUGCCUGUCAUCCCUGGAGUGACCAGUCUACAUGUUCUGAAUGAGAACCAGAAGAACGAAGCCAACAACCACAUCAAAAACCAUGAGGGCAAGCCCGCUACAGCUGAAGACGCCCAGUUUGAAAUGGACAUCUAACCACCUGGAUCCGCACCAGCUUAAGAAAAUAACCUGGCACUGAAUAUGCCAGUGGCUUGGCUUGUAGUAACCAAUGUUGUGAGCCCUCAUGGCAGCCAUCUUUGUUAGCUCUUUGUCUCACUGCUGGGUGUAAUGUGUGUAAACCCAGUAUGAUUCAGUAUACCAUACAUUCACAUAAUUAGUGGCCGAGUCAGAAAAUUUGGUUUUGUCUGACUGAAAAAAAAAA